AUGUCUCCUAUCGCAUACGCUACUGUCCCCCGUAUCGAGACCGACGACCGCUGGGCCAAGUGGUACACGCCUCCUGGCCGGCGCUCCAUAUCCACUCGUCCCGAUCCCUACGGUACCACUCGGGUCUGUCUCAUCUUCGUGACUCCGGUCGACUACAUGCAGCACAGCCAACAGGAACGGAUCGAAAUCCUGCGCACCCAAUUCAACGGGGCGGGCUGGGAGGCCGAGCGUAUCCUCUCGCAGCUCGACCAGCUCGAUGACCUCUACUGCGAAGAUCUAGUACAGGUCAAGGCGCCUCGCUACUCUUCCGGUCGAGUCGUCAUGAUCGGUGACGCGGCCGCCUCAGCUACUCCCAUCUCGGGCAUGGGCACAACUCUCGAUCAUCAAGUCGCUUUCGAGCGGUACGAACGGAUCAUGCGACCCAUUGCGGAAAAGGCUCAGCAUCUCCCAGGCUUCAUCCCUGUCGCGGCGCACCCCAGGACGCGUUGGGGCGUGGCGAUUCUGCGGGGCUUGGCGGCGAUAGUGGGGACACUUUGGAACCUGCCGUACCCGCAGCUGGUGGUGGACUUGUUUCACAAGCAGGACUUUGGAACGGACAACAUCAAGGUGCCGGAGUACAGGGAGUUGCACGGGGUUUGGGCGUCUCAGGUCUAG